AAAUAUAGAAAAAUGAAAUAGAAAUAAAAAAUUACGUUGGUUGUUCUCUCUCUGGCUGCCAUUGGUACGGUCGUUUCGAGAAAUUCAACCCACACUAUCCGAUUUUCGGAUCUGAGCCUAAGAUUCCAGCUGAGCGGUUCAUUGUUUUGUGGAUCAAUUAAUUUCUUGUUAAUCCCGUCGCGUCGUGUUGCGUUGCGUUUCUGAUCUGAUUGAUUGGUUUAAUUAGGGCAGGGCAGGCGUUUCGGUUUUGACUGUUUUGUUUAUUACUGUCUUGAGUUGAUUUGCGUUAUGGUUGUGGAGCAAAUCUGAUUGCGCCAUGAGGAAGAAACUCGAUACUCGUUUCCCCGCUGCUCGUAUUAAGAAGAUCAUGCAAGCUGACGAGGAUGUUGGGAAGAUCGCGAUGGCAGUACCUAUUUUAGUGUCUAAGGCUUUGGAAUUAUUUCUACAAGAUCUCUGUGAUCGCACGUACGACAUAACUGUGCAGAGAGGAGCAAAGACUGUUAAUUCGCUACACCUAAAACAUUGCGUACACAGCUACAAUGAGUUUGACUUCUUGAAAGAAGUUGUCAGCAAAGUUCCUGACUAUGGAAAUUCCGAAGCUGCCGGAGAUGCAUCAAAAAGAAGGAAAGUAGUUGCCACUGAAGCAAAUGAGAGUGAUGAAGAGUCCAAAAGGAGCCAUAUGCAAGAAGCAUGCCACACAAGUAGCAGUACAAGGGGGCGAGGAAGGGGUAGAGGGAGGGGCCGUGGCCGGCCAAGAAUAGCAGACAGAGACCCUCCUCGAACUGAAGCCGGAUCAUCCAGCCCAACCGAUUCUCAUCAAAUCAGCAAACAAGUAACAAGCCCAGGGAGGCCAAUCGGGGGCAACCCAGAGCCAAAGGAAUCCACAGAAGAAAACACCAAAGUAGCGGACAUCAUAGGCCCUGACACUCGGAAUUUUGACCUCAACGCCGGAGCAGAGGAAGCUCCUGGUAAAACAGCGCCCGCUGCAGCAGCCGGACCGUCUGAGGCAAAAGCUGCUGCAGCAGCAGCCGGACCAUCCGAGGUAAAAGGAGAGGAUUACCCGGGGCUUUCUGAAAUGGACAGGAUGGCAAUCGAUCCUGUCCACCUUACACAACUCGGUUCAAGAUUGGAUGAAGAGGAGGAAGACUACGACGAGGAAGGUUAGAUUAGUUAGAGACAAGCGCAAGGCCAUGGGGUAAGUGCUGAUCUCUCAUAGGAUUAUUCUAAACUAGUUUGGAUGCGUAUACACAUCGAUAGAAGGCAUGAUUGAUAUAUUUAAGUAUAAGAUUAAUGCCUCUGUGUAGAUCCUAAACUAGUUUGGAUUAUUCUUUGUUUUAUGCCAUUAGGUUAGUUUCUUUGUUUUUGCACCAUUAGAUCGUCGGGUUGCUGUGGUUCUAUAACCCAAACUAGUUUAUGGAUGUUAUACAUAGCUUCGGUAUAUUUGUAUUUGAGGCUCCAA